AAAAUUCAACUGUAAUUAAAAUACUUUAGUUCUGUACCUGAGGCUUUUAGUAAUUGGUGCUACACACAAUGGCAAAAUCUAUACCCCAAACUCACAUUCCGGUCAGGCAAUUCGGAUUGGACGGCUCAUUAGCAUCGCCGGGAUUUGGGGACUUAAUUUUGGGGCUACGAUAUCGGGGCACUCGCCAUGAGUCAUUGUCCAUUGUCCAGCACAAUCAACCGACAACACACACGGAUAUACGGUAUAACAGUGGAGCCCCACAAACACAAACACCAACUCGACGAUGCGACGACUGGUCCCCGGGCAAUCGCAAUUGUGAUUUUAUGAGCUUUUCCGGACAAGCUUCAGUGGGGGGCUUUGAGCAUCGAUAGCCCGGCUUCUGUUGCUGCGGUUUAUCCGCGGUC